ACAUAGAGUAAUGGUAUUAGAAAUUCCCCGAAGUCAUCGGGAGGCGUACCUACUACCGAGGGGUAGAAAAAUAGAAUUUCUCCAUUUACCCACUUUUAUUAACCUUGGGGAUCAGGCCAUAUGCGAUGAGAGCCUCGGAAUCACCUGAUAUGCAACUGCAGCUCAAUUCCCGUGCAGAGGAUCGGCACAUGGGCAACAUGCCAUCCCGUUGGGGAACAAACAAGCUUAUUGUGUUGGUUUCAAACGUCCCAUUGUUUUUUUUGUUUUUGUUUUUCCCUUGUCUUUCUUCCUCUCCCAAACGCUGGGAACCGAGGCUGAAACGGGCAAACUUAACGAGGGAGAAGAGGGGAGGAGAACUGGAACCUAUUGAUCCUGACGUUAUCUUCCCGGAUAUGACUUCAUCGCCAGCAUGAAGGGAAAACGAAUUCGAUUCUCGCAAACUCUCUUUGAUUAAAUGGAAUGCAAUAUGAUUUGAUUUGAUUCCUUUGGCCUGUAUACAUCUCAGCCAAAAUUUCCAAUUUGGUCAACACAAGCGAACAAAACAAGACGAUCUGCACUGCAACCACGCCAUCUC